AUGCCUCAUAUAAACGUAGAGGACAGUGUCAGAUUGAAACUGUUAAAGACUUUAGAUUCUCGUAAACCACUUUACAUCGCUUUUAGAAGUUGGGAAUUAUUUGAACAUCCAUAUUUACCACAAACUACAAAACAUUCGUGGGCCGUUAAAACAUCAACGCAUACGGAAAAACCUAGAUAUGUGAUUAUAGGAUUUCAAGCUAAACGUAAAAACAAAAUAACAGCUGACAUUAGUAGAUUCGAUCACUGUUCUCUAAUAUCACUCAAAGUAUUUUUGAAUUCGGAAUCAUAUCCUUACGAUAGUUUAAACAUUGAUUUCGAUAAUGAUAAAUAUUCAGCAUUAUAUCAAAUGUAUUCAUCGUUUCAAGAUAGCUUUUAUAAUAUAGAUAACGGUGAUCCUAUUUUGACUAAAGAAGAAUUUAAAGAUAACGCUCCUAUAGUUGUUAUCGAUUGUUCUAAACAAAAUGAAAAAAUUAAGAGCGCUCCCGUUGACGUUCGAAUUGAAUUCGAAACUAAAAUUCCUAUACCAAACAAUACAUCAGCAUAUUGUCUUAUACUACAUGAUAAGAUUUUCGAGUAUAACGCUAUGACUAGCGAAGUACACAAGGUGAUUUAA